UUCCCUGUGGCCGCAAAAAGGAAGCGAAUAACCGGCAUUUAUGUGGAAGUUUGUCUUAGAAUACGUCCAGAUCUUCAUCUGAGAAGUUACAACCGCGAACAAACGCGUGAAAAGUGGCUACAGGCAAACCCGGCUGUCCAGUCAACGAAAACCGGGCUGGAGGUUUUUUUCGGGUUGGAGCUACUCCGACACUCUCGGUCGCCUUGAGCGCGAUGUUCCCGAGGCGAAGUCCGCUGCCGCGAACCGGGCCUCGCAAAAGAAAAAGUCCCGGGAGACUUAGGACCCAGGAUCGAGGAUUCGCACGACGCUGGAGAGGGUUUGCAGAGUCUUCUCAAAGGAGUUUGGACGCUCGUCAGUCCUCAGUCGGACAAGCUGUCUGUAAGUGGAGAUGAUUUAGUGCCGUGACUACUCUCCCUAGAAGUGGACGCCCGGCUGAGAUGGCCCAGGUGACAGCUAAAGGCUCAAAGGAGUCAUUGAGUCGUUGGAGCUGGUUGCAGUCCUUCGACCGGCAUCAUGUCGGACAUGGUCACAGCUUUAAGAAAAAGCAUUUUAUUCAUUUGAUUGUUAUUUGCAAAACACCAGAUUGGAUAAACAAUCGAUUAACAAGGUCAAUUAAACAGUAAGUGAAGCAGCAGCUCUGGUAACAUUUACUUUAGAUAAACUUGGCAGAGAUUAUGACCUUUUUGUUUUGUGGUAGUGAUAAAUGUGCAGGGUAGAAGCACAACAGCUCUUUCCAAGGUGAAGUGAUCUACUGCAGGCGAGGCUACACCACAGCACAUCGGGGAACCAAAGUCUGAUCGGAUCUGAGCUUGUCCGAUGUGGUGCACGUCGGACAACCUGUCUAAGACUACACCUGCAUGUUCUGUGAAGGGAGUCUUUUACGACAGUUGAAAUCUUCGACCAUAAAACACACCCGUGCCUUAGUAGAUACACUGAAAGGGUUUUGUAGACGGGUGCAGACCCAGAAGUCCACCCUGUAGACUUGAAUUCGACCUGGGGCGGCCAUGGGUAACCAGUGGAGGUCCACGAGCAGCGGACUGACGUGUCUGUUUUCGGCCGACGCGCUGCCACAUUCUGGACCGUCAGUGAAGGUUUCACUGUGCGUGAAGGGAGGCUCGCUAGAGGAGGCACCAGAGAUAACCGUGGCCUGUUACCGGUGAACAGCAUCACGUGUGUUUGUGGCCCCCUUUCCACUCACUCUUAGCUACAUCACCUCAUGACGAUGUCUUCAAACCAGUCUCCAGACAGUCAUGGGAUUCUGUGGAGUGCGCUGUCCAGCAAAAGUUACAUGGUCUGGCUUUAAAGCUGCGCUACGUCAAUGGGGGGGGGGUGAGUGUGUAAUAUGAAUGAGUGAUGAACCCACAGAGAAUUACAACCCAACCCUGCAGUUGCCCUCAUCUCCACGGAGCCUUUUAGCAUCUUUCACCUCAUUGUUUUGGUUUUAUGGCCACAGGUCCGUGGCUUGCUCCAGUCUCACUGCUCUUCUCAGUCUCCUACUGGCAACAGGCAGCAGUUUUUUUGUUUUUUCUGUGAAAAAGCUCUGAUAAACCCAGUUUACACAACCUGCCCAGCACCGAACAGCAGGCAGACAAAGGUAGCGACUCGCUGGGGAAGACAAUGAGGCAGAGCCAGAUAUUUUCCCUCAGGAAACACCAGUCAGAGUUACUCAUGUACAUCUGAACGCCAUUCAACCCCCCACCGCCCGCCCCGUGACCACCUCCCUCUGUUACUUAUGUAACAGGGUAAUCGGGUUUGGAGUUUGGAUUCUUUUCCGUUCACGCACACUGGUCCUGAGAGGGCUCAAAGUACAUUUUUCCAUCGUUUCAGGGAUUUAAGGGUUAAUCCAUGGGGAGCGUCCCAGGACUUUCUGUUCUUCUUUUGGCGGUGAGUGUGUCCCUCCUGACGAGUCCUAGUGUCCAGGCUGGAAAGAUCCUGGUGUUCCCGGUGGAUGGCAGCCACUGGAUCAACAUGGACCUGCUGAUCCAGAGCCUCCACGCCAGGGGCCAUGAGGUCACCGUGGUCCGCACGGCCACCAGCUGGUACAUCAAAGAAAAGGCACCACAUUACCGCUCCAUCACCGUUGUCCUGCCAGAAGCCAUCAGCUUAGAGAAGCAGGACUUUUUCGUUACCCUCCUGGUCAAGAUGCUGGCGAUCCAGAAACAGCAGGGAACUCUGAUGGGCUUCUCCUUCUACUGGGAAAUUCUUGGUGCGCUGUCAAAGAUUCACCAACAGGCCAGCCUGUUGGGUGAAGAAAUAUUUGAGAACAAGACUCUAAUGCAGAGUAUUCGUGAUACUCACUUUGACAUGGUUCUUUUGGACCCGGGCUUGCCUGUAGGGGUUCUGCUGGCCCAUGAACUUAAGCUGCCGACCGUUUUUAACGUGCGGUGGAUCACCAGUGGAGAUGGGCAUUUUCUGGUCGCUCCAUCUCCAUUAUCCUACGUCCCAACUUCAGGUCAUGUUGCAUCGGAUAAGAUGCACUUUGGGCAAAGAUUCAAAAAUACAUUGCACUAUUUCCUCAACAUGUGCAUUGACAGGUUAAUAGUAUGCCCUCCCUAUGAUAGACUGGUGGACAGGUACUUUGGUCCAGAUGUGAACUUCUAUGACCUCCUACAAGGUGCAGACAUCUGGCUCAUGAGGGUGGACUUUGUCUUUGAAUUCCCCAGACCCACCAUGCCAAACAUCAUCUACAUUGGUGGUUUUCAGUGUAAGCCGUUUAAGCCUUUAUCAUCAGAGCUGGAGGAGUUUGUUCAAAGUUCAGGAGAGCAUGGGUUCAUCCUGAUGUCUCUAGGUACACUGGUCCAAGGUCUACCUGUAGAAAUAACUUCCGAAAUCGCUGCGGCCUUUGCCCAAAUUCCUCAAAAGGUCAUAUGGAGGCAUGCCGGCGAGCGCCCCAACAAUCUGGGCAACAAUACCCUUCUGGUGAAAUGGAUGCCCCAGAACGACCUCUUGGGUCACCCGAAGAUCAAAGCCUUUGUGGCCCAUGGUGGUGCUAAUGGGAUCUAUGAGUCCAUCUACCAUGGAGUUCCGAUGAUAGGCAUUCCUCUUCUGUUUGACCAGUUCGAAAACGUCUUGAGAUUGGAAACACGAGGAGCUAUCAAGGUGGUGGAUGCCACCAAACUCACCCGCCAGAACUUUCUGGAAGCAAUACAAGAAGUUAUUCAAAAUCCCUCCUACAGGAACACAAUGAAGCAUCUCUCUGAUCUCCAUCGGGAUAAGCCAAUGCAUCCUUUGGAAACUGCAGUGUUCUGGAUCGAGUUUGUUAUGAGACACAAAGGAGCUCCGCAUUUACGCACUGAGUCUUAUAAGAUGCCCAAGUAUGCUUAUUAUUCUGUGGACGUAAUAGGCUUUUUGUUAGCUAUCCUGUUGCUGCUGACAGCAGCUGUGGUGGGAUCAAUACGAUUCCUGUGCUGUCGACUGUGCAGGAGGAGAAAACCCAAGCAGGAGUAGUCGCUGAAUCCUCCAAUAGGUCAAAUAUUUUAAAGGAUAAAGCUGAUGAUAUCCAUAGUUUUCUUAUUGUCAACAAACCCCAUUAAAAGAAAAAGGAACAGUUAACUGA